UCUAUUUAUAAACAACCUACGAAGAACGUGUCAUGCCCCUCAUCCUUAACCCUACUAUUAUCAAAUUAAUCCAUAAUAAGAUUUCGCAACAAGAUAUGGAGCCUAGCCACUUUCUCCUCGUAACAUACCCUGCGCAGGGCCACAUAAACCCGGGCCUCCAAUUCGCCAAGCGGCUCAUCCGAAAUGGCGCCCGAGUCACCUUUGCCACCUCUGUCUCUGCCAGUCGGCGCAUGUCGAAGCUCCCGGACUCUCAAGGGCUGCAUUUUGCCCCAUUCUCUGAUGGCUAUGAUGACGGGUUCAAGCAAGGGGAUAAUAUUCCGCAGUUUCUCUCCGAGCUGAAGCGUCGAGGCUCCGAGAGCCUAAGGGACCUUAUCGCCUCUCAUGCCAACCAAGGUCGUCCAUUCACUUGCCUCGUCUAUAGCCUGCUACUCCCCUGGGCGGCUGACGUGGCCCGGGAGCUCAACGUUCCCUCCGCACUUCUUUGGAUCCAACCUGCCACUGUCCUCGCCAUCUACCACUCCUACUUCUAUGGCUACAAGGACACUAUCGUAGAGAGCUGUAGUAACGACCCCAACGGUUCGGUUGAACUGCCCGGUUUGCCAUGGAAGCUGACCAGCCGUGACCUUCCCUCCUUCCUCUUGCCCACGAACACGUACGCUUUCGCCCUUCCUAGUUUUAAGGAACAGUUGGAGGCACUACAGAAGGAGCCCAACCCCAGAAUAUUAGUGAACACAUUUGAUGCACUUGAGCCAGAGGCCUUAAAAGGCGUUGAGAAGUACAAUUUGAUAGGAAUCGGGCCAUUAGUUCCUUCGGCAUUUUUAGACGGCAAAGACCCGUCGGACACUUCCUUCGGUGGCGAUCUUUUUCAAGGCACGAAGGACUGCAAGAAAUGGCUGGACUCGCAGGACGAAGGUUCAGUUAUCUACAUCUCAUUUGGAACCCUCGCAGAGAUAUCGAAGAGACAGACCGAAGAACUCGCAUGCGGGCUAUUGGCAAGCAGCAGGCCAUUCUUAUGGGUGGUAAGAGAGAAGGAGAAAGGAGCUGAAGGAAAAGAAAAGUCGACAGAAGAAGAACAAGUAAAAGCACCAGAAGAAGAAGAAGAGCUCAGCUGCAGAGAGGAGCUCGAAAAACAAGGCAUGAUAAUUCCAUGGUGUUCCCAGCUCGAAGUGCUUUCCCACCCAUCGCUAGGGUGCUUUAUCACGCACUGCGGGUGGAACUCUACGCUUGAAAGCCUCGUCUGCGGUGUGCCGGUUGUGGCAUUCCCCCAGUGGACGGAUCAGGGAACGAACGCAAUGUUGCUUGAGAAUGUGUGGGGUACCGGGACGAGGGUCAAGGCGAACGAGGAAGGAAUAGUAGAUUCCAACGAGAUAAAGAGGUGCUUGGAAGUUGUUCUCGGGGAGAGGAGGAAGGAGAUGAAAGGAAAUGCCUUGCGGUGGAAGGAGUUGGCUAGGGAGGCUGUCAAGGAAGGUGGCUCCUCUUGUAUGAAUCUGAAGGCUUUCAUGGAAGAUGUUAGUCGAGGUUCUCAUAUUUGAUGUGCAUAUGCCUCAAGUGCUUCCUUUAUCUUCUCUUACAUUUUUUUUUUUACGUUGAAUUUUUAAUUUUAUUGUUUUUUUUUAUUUUUCGUAAUUACAGGUUCAAUAAGCAAAUAUUCAGUGAGUAUUACUCAGUCA